AUGGCCCCGGAGCUGUGUGCCGUAGCCCUGGAGGAUGGCCAGAAAGAGGUGCGGGUGCCCCCGCUCAACGUGGAGACAAGCCUGGACACCUGGGCUUUCAGAGUGGUCAUCUUCUGCAUCCUCACUAUCUACUUCCCCUGGGAGCGCUGCGUGGCCUCACACGACUUCUACCAGGAGUUUGCUGAUUGGUGCCAUGCGCCCACCGUGGAGGAAGUCCCGCCACUGUGGAAGAGAUUUACCCCGGCUGUCAUGGAGAUGUUCAGCAGGCUGUUGGAGCUGGAUGCUAGCAAGAGUUGCACGGUAGGGAAGGUCAGGUCCUAUGUGGAAAAGGACUGGGUGACGCCGAUGCUAGUAGUCUCAAAUGGACAGCAACCGGAGAAUGCAAGGCCAGUGUCACCUGCUCCACCCCUAGUGUGUGUAGGAGUAGUCCUGUCCACGAGGAGGUAA